GAACCCUCGACACCCUCCCCCCCCCGGGAGCGGGUUUCCCCCUCCACCUUUACUCGCGUGGGGAGGGGAGAGAAGAUGCGCGUCCGUGGAAUAACGGGACGUUGAAUGAUUUAAAAAAGCCAAAAAAAACCCCAGCAACAACCGGAAAAGACACCUGCUCGUGUCCGUGGACGAUGCCGGGAACGAGUGAGUGACAGGCGGGAGAGGAACACAAUAAGCUCCGCUGCGGUGAUCCCAGGUUCCAUCCCCUUCCACGGCGAGCAUCUUUCUCCAUGUUGCAAACAUGACAAUGGAUUACUUGCUGUGGAUGUGCAGCUUCAUUGUGUCCGUGGUGCUGGCUGUUGAAGAGACCCUCAUGGACAGUCGGUGGGCGACCACAGAGCUGGCCUGGACUACGUUCCCAGAGAGCGGGUGGGAGGAAGUCAGCGGCUAUGACGACUCCAUGAGCCCGAUCAGGACCUACCAGGUGUGUAACGUCCGACAGCCCAACCAGAACAACUGGCUCAGGACGGACUACAUCCCCCGCAGGGGCGUGCUGCGAGUCUACGUGGAGCUCAAGUUCUCCGUACGUGACUGCGCCAGCAUCCCCAACAUCCCCGGCUCCUGCAAAGAGACGUUUAAUCUGUUUUACUACGAGUCCGACGGGGACGCCGCCACAGACACCAGCCCCCUGUGGAGGGAGAACCCUUACGUGAAAGUGGAUACCAUCGCCCCGGACGAGAGCUUCUCCCUGCUGGAAGCCGGCAGGAUCAACACCAAAGUGCGGAGCUUCGGGCCGCUCUCCAAGGCCGGCUUCUUCCUGGCCUUCCAGGACUUUGGCGCCUGCAUGUCGCUCAUCUCCGUCAGGGUCUUCUUCAAAAAGUGCUCCACCACAAUCGCUAAUUUUGCCGUCUUCCCGGAGACCGCGACCGGCGCCGAAGCCACGUCCUUAGUCAUCGCUCCGGGGGCCUGUGUGACCAAUGCCAUGGAGAUGUCCGUCCCGCUCAAGCUGUACUGCAACGGCGAUGGCGAGUGGAUGGUUCCGGUGGGUGCCUGCACCUGUGUCGCUGGUUUUGAACCCACUGCAGAUCGGACCCAAUGCCAAGCCUGCAUCCCUGGGACUUUCAAAUCCAAAUUUGGGGACGGAUUCUGUGCCGCGUGCCCGCCUAACAGUCGCACGAGUGCCCGAGGAGCCAGUAUUUGUCCCUGCCAGAGUGGUUUCUACCGAGCUGAUAGCGACCCCCCGGACACUGCCUGCACCACCAUCCCAUCAGCCCCCCGCAACGUAAUAUCCAGUGUCAACGAGACCUCGCUGUCACUGGAGUGGGAGGAGCCUGAGGACACCGGUGGGAGGAGCGACCUGGUGUAUAACGUGGUGUGUAAGAAAUGCCUGCGAGACCGCAGUCCUUGCACACGCUGCGACGACAACGUGGACAUCUCCCCCCGGAGGCUGGGGCUGAGGCAGAAAAAGGUGGUGGUGAGGAAUCUGCAGGCUCACACCCGUUACAGCUUCGAGGUGCAGGCGGUCAACGGCGUCUCCGGGAAGAACCCGGCUUCUCCGCGAUACUCCACGGUCAACAUCACCACCAACCAGGCCGCGCCGUCAGCAGUGCCGACGGUCCAUCUGAUGCGUUCCACGGCAGACACCUUGAGCCUGUCAUGGCUGCCCCCCGAGAAACCCAACGGGGUCAUUCUGGACUACGAGAUUAAAUACCACGAAAGGGGCCAGGCUAUGUCGCACACUGUGACAUCCCAGCACAGCUCGGCCAAGGUGGAGGGUCUAAGGUCCGCUACGCCCUACGUGGUGCAGGUCAGAGCGCGCACCGUUGCAGGAUAUGGGCGCUACAGCAACCCCAUGGACAUCAGCACCAACCUGCACAGUGACCCUCAGAAGUCUGUGCAGGACCAGCUGCCUCUCAUCAUUGGCUCAGCCUCUGCAGGGUUGGUGGUCAUUGUUGCUUUGGUGGUGAUCGCUGUUGUCUGCCUCAAGAAGCAGCGCAGUGGCUCUGAGCUGGAGUACACAGAGAAGCUGCAGCAGUACAUUUCUCCAGGAGUAAAAGUGUACAUCGACCCUUUCACCUACGAGGACCCCAAUGACGCCAUCCACGAGUUCGCCAAAGAGAUAGACAUCUCCUGCAUCAAGAUUGAGGAAGUCAUCGGCGCAGGUGAGUUUGGCGAGGUGUGUCGCGGGCGGCUGAAGCAGGCCAGCCGCCGGGAGAUGGUGGUGGCCAUCAAGACCCUCAAAGCCGGCUACACAGAGCGCCAGAGGCGGGACUUCCUUGCCGAGGCGUCCAUCAUGGGCCAGUUCGACCACCCCAACGUCAUCCGGCUGGAGGGUGUGCUGACACGCAGCUGCCCCGUCCUUAUCAUCACAGAAUUCAUGGAGAACGGCGCGCUUGAUUCCUUCCUCAGGCUGAACGACGGCCGAUUCACGAUGACACAACUGGUCGGGAUGCUGCGCGGCAUCGCAGCAGGAAUGAAGUACCUGUCGGACAUGAACUAUGUCCACAGAGACCUCGCCGCUCGCAAUAUCCUGGUCAACAGUAACUUGGUGUGCAAGGUCUCAGACUUCGGACUAUCGCGCUUCCUGGAUGACACUUCUGCUGAUCCCACUUACACGAGCUCACUGGGAGGGAAAAUUCCCAUCCGGUGGACGGCGCCAGAGGCCAUUGCCUUCAGGAAGUUCACCUCUGCCAGUGACGUGUGGAGUUAUGGCAUCGUUAUGUGGGAGGUGGUGUCGUAUGGAGAGAGGCCAUACUGGGACAUGAGCAACCAGGACGUGAUGACAGCAGUAGAGCAGGACUACCGGCUGCCCCCGCCCAUGGACUGUCCCAUGGUGCUGCACCAGCUCAUGUUGGAGUGCUGGAUGAAGGAGCGCAACCUGAGGCCCAAGUUCUCGCGUAUCGUCAACACCUUGGACAAGCUGUUGCGCAACGCCGGCAGCCUGAAGGUGGUGACCAGCACUUACUCAGGGGACCUGCUGAGGCUGGGAGGAACGUUGCCGGGACACAACAGGAAAAGCCCGGACAGCAGCGAGGAAAUCGUCCGGCAACAGAUGAGCCAAACGCUCCCCAUCAGAGUGUAAGCUCGCAGAAGAAAGACGGGAAUAAAACUACCUAGAAACUCUGGAUGUAAAAUAAGGAAGAUAACAAAAAAAAAAAAAGAGGGGAAGCUCCUUUCACACAGCAAGGACCACUCGGAAUACUCUGUAUGAGCGCCCGGAGACUUCAUGUUAAAAGACUGCCUUCCAUUGCA